AUGGCAGCUUGGAUUGCAGACCGACAGAGAGCCUUUCGUGAUCUGGGCGGAGGCGCGAUGGCGGACGUCGAGGCACAGGUAGUGCUGGAACCUAUAGUUGCCAGUAGCAGUAGUUGGAUCAUGCUGACGGUGCAGCAGCUGGGUGCAACCAGCUAUUUCCUCAGUACCCUCGCCAUCCCUAGCUAUGUCGCGCUCGCAUCUGUACUCGCGCUGCUCCUUCAGUUUACGUUUCGCAAGCUGCAUACAAAAUUCAAUGCCGCAAAAAUUGGCACGGAGACUGGUGACGAUGGAGCAGUGGCAGAAGCAUCGGAAGCAACGCCCACAGGCGCACAGCCAAUCGACACAACUAUCCGCAUCUUCAACGUCGUGCGGCUCGCGGCGUGCCUUGCGCUGGUCGGCAUGUCCAUCUUCUCUACAUAUGUCGCCGGGUGGGGGGACGCCGCAGAAUUACGUCCCGCGGGCGUGCCAGAAAGUGUCUGGUUGCAUCUCGCACUUUGCAUAACAUAUACUUAUAGCUCGCUCCUUGCGCUGCACUCUGUCCUUGCCGCGCCAUCGGUGAUAGGCACGACGACGCGUCAUCUUGCGAUCGUCCUCGUGUCUACAUGGCUGGUCUACGUCUACCGUGACGGCUGGCCACUCGCAACAGUCCCCCUCACACCUCUGGACGCGGUCGAGGGCAUGCUACUCUGGGCAAAGUUCGCGGUGCUGACACUUGCUGCAGUGCUUGUCCCUUUGUUCGUUCCUCGGCGAUACGUCCCGCACGAUCCCAAGAACCCCUCCCUGACACCAGCUCCGGAGCAGACUGCGUCAAUCGUGUCACUCUCGAUGUAUCUCUUCCUCGACAAGACGGUGCUGGAGGCAUACCAGAUGGAGCAUUUUCCAUUCGAGCGACUCCCGCCACUGGGCGACUACGACAGUGCGUCGAACCUGGUCAAGCGCAGCUCCCCUGAGCUCGACCCGUUCCAGUCCACCAAGAAAAGCAGACAUUUGUUCUGGGGGCUGCUCCGAGUCUUUCGCUUCGAUGUAAUCGUCAUGUCCAUCAUGCUGAUCUUUGUUACUUUCGCGCGCUUUGCCAGCCCGUUGGGCAUUCGAAACCUUCUCUUGUACCUCGAGACUGACGGUACGGAAGCGUUUGUGCGCCCCUGGCUAUGGAUCUCCUGGCUUUUCUUCGGUCCUGUGCUCGGCACGAUUUUUGACUCGUGGUUCACAUACAUCUGGACGCGCACGCUUGUCCGUAUGGAGGCGAUCCUCACGCAGCUUGUAUUCGAUCAUGCGCUGCGAAUGCGCGUCAAGGCCGACGGCGCUGCUGAGUCCGAGGCGCAAGAUAAAGAGCAGGCCCAAACGGCCCCCACGCCUGAAACCGCGUCGGACUCGAGCCCAGGGAGUUCUCAGCAGGGUGAUUCUGCGUCCGCGAGCACGUUCGCUGCGGAUGUAGAUGCGGGUUCCGCGCAGGGAAAGCAGAAGGCGAAGGCUGUGGUACCCAUACAGGAGGUUCCUGCAAAAGCGAAGAGGGGCGAUGGGGAUGGGAAGGAUAAGAAGAGGGAUAAGGACAAGGGUAAGAAUGCGAUCGGGAAGGUCAACAACCUUGUCACGACGGAUCUUGGCGCGCUGAUGAUGGGACAGGGCGCAUUCUACUUUGCGGUGCAAAUGCCCCUGCAGAUUGUGCUCUGUGUGUGGUUCUUGUACGAUAUUCUUGGCGUGAGUGCUUUUGCUGGGCUCGUCGUUAUCAUUGCCACAUUGCCUCUUCCUGGAGCUGUCUCGAAGAAACUUCGCGGUGUUCAAGCGGAGAAGAUGAAGAAGACAGAUGAGCGUGUGCAAAGCGUCACCGAAUCCCUUGCUGUGAUCCGCAUGAUCAAGCUGUUCGGCUGGGAGCCGCGGCUCACGCAGCAGCUCACGGACAAGCGAGAAACAGAGCUGCAGUGGGUUUUGCGCACGAAGUUGUGGAGUAUCCUAAUUACCAAUCUGAACCAUGUCAUCCCUCUCAUGACGAUGAUGGUCACAUUUAUAAGCUACACAACGAUAUUCAAGAACGAGCUUUCAGCAUCCACCGUGUUCUCGUCAAUGGCUGUAUUCGAGAUGUUCAGCAUGCAGUUACACAUGAUUUUUGGCUUCUUGCCUGGCAUUAUGCGCGUGCGCGUCGCUCUGGACCGUAUAAACGAUUUCAUGCAAAAGACCGAGCUACUCGACGACUUCACUGAACAGCCUGCUGUAAGGGCUGAGCUUGCAUUGCCUGUGCCCGAGACACACGUCAACACUAUAGGUUUCCGGAAUGCCUCAUUCACGUGGGCAAACGACCAGAACGGCAGCAACCCGUCGACCCCGGGCGCAUCACGGAGGAACUUUACUCUCCGGAUCGAGGACGUACUUUACUUCGAGCGCGGCGGUAUCAACCUCAUAGUUGGUCCCACCGGCUCUGGCAAGACGUCGUUGUUGAUGGCAUUACUAGGAGAGAUGCACCACAUCCCGACAGGCCCAGAUUCCUUCUACAAUCUUCCGCGGGGGGGCGGGAUUGCAUAUGCUGCGCAGGAGUCGUGGGUGCAGAAUGAGACGAUCAGAGACAACAUCCUCUUUGGCGCUCCGUAUGACGAAGAGCGAUACGACAAAGUGAUCGCACAGUGUGGCUUGAAGCGCGAUCUCGAAUUAUUUGAUGCCGGGGAUCAAACUGAGGUUGGAGAGAAGGGCAUUACCUUGAGUGGCGGUCAGAAGGCCCGAAUAACUCUCGCGCGUGCUGUCUAUUCCUCUGCAGAGAUCCUCCUACUUGAUGAUGUGUUGGCCGCACUCGAUGUUCAUACUGCGAAGUUGAUCAUCGACAAGUGCUUCAAGGGAGACCUCAUUCGGGGCCGAACCGUUCUCUUAGUUACGCACAAUGUCACCAUGGCCAGCCCUAUUUCGCACUUUGUUGUGUCACUCGCCGCGGGCCGAAUCUCCAGCCAGGGCUCGCUGUCCAGCGCUCUUGAACAUAACCAGAAGCUUGCUGCGGAGGUUGCAGAUGAGCGCGAAGCUCUUGAGAAGGCUGAGAUGGAUAUCCAGGAGGACGAACAAGACACGGAGACGAAGAAAGCCGCAGGAAAGCUUGUUGUGGCGGAGGAGAUUGCUGUGGGACACGUAGGAUGGCCGGCGAUGAAACUCUACCUUGCAAGCUGGGGAGGAGAGCAUCGUAUACUGUUCUGGACUGCCUUCAUGAGCAUUUGCACCAUUACUGAGUUCACCGAAAACGCUCAGGUAUGGUACCUUGGGUACUGGGCGAAACAGUACGAGCAGCACGAUGCUUCGCAAGUUAACACUGCUUUAUACAUUGGAUUUUACGCAAUCAUUAUUCUGCUCUCUGCGUUUACCUAUGCCGCAUUUGCUCUUAUCCAUACCGCUGGAACGCAGCGAGCAUCGAGAAAAAUCCACAAGGAGUUGAUUACUUCUGUGCUGGGAACGACGCUGAGAUGGCUUGACAAGACUCCCGCCUCGCGUAUACUAACAAGGUGUACACAAGACAUUGAUUCAAUUGAUACGACCGUCGGGAGAUUCACAGGUAUACUCAUAAACAUGGUGACAGCCAUGUUGCUCAAGCUGGGCGCUGUCGUUGCUAUGUCCCCGAUCUUCACAAUUCCUGGGGCCUUCCUCGCUACGGCGGGAGCAUGGAUUGGUCAGGUAUACAUGAAGGCUCAAUUAUCUGUGAAGCGUGAGAGGAGCAAUGCUCGCGCUCCAGUUCUGGGCCUUUUCGGCGCUGCCUUUACAGGUCUAGUCUCUAUUAGAGCCUACGGUGCCCAGGACUCGUUCAGGACUGAGUCUUUCAAGCGUAUCGACAAAUAUACCAGAGCCUCGAGGACAUUUUAUAAUCUGAAUCGAUGGAUAUCAAUACGCAUCGACUUGCUUGGUGCAAUGUUCUCAUCGAGUCUGGCGGCAUAUCUCGUCUAUGGAGGCACCUCCGCGUCGGACACAGGUUUCACGUUGAACAUGGCAGUCGGGUUUAGCAAUUUGAUUCUCUACGUCGUCAGAGUCUAUAAUAUGCUUGAGGUUGCUGGCAAUAGUAUUGAACGCGUAAAGCAAUACAUGGAAAUUGAGCAGGAGCCCAAGCCGACUGAGAGCGGCAUCCCUCCAGCUUAUUGGCCGGCCAGCGGUCACCUAAAAGUUGAGAAAUUGUCGGCACGCUACUCUCCUGAUGGCCCACGAAUUUUGGAAGACAUCUCCUUCGAGAUCAAGUCCGGAGAGCGUGUCGGAAUCGUGGGACGUACGGGUAGCGGAAAGAGUUCUCUGACAUUGGCCCUCCUGCGAUGCAUCCUCACAGAGGGCAAAGUGUAUUACGACGGCAUCCCGACGGAUAGUAUCAAUCUAGACGCGCUCAGGUCGCAUGUAACCAUCAUUCCCCAAGUGCCCGAGCUGCUAAGUGGCACCUUACGCCAGAAUCUGGAUCCAUUCGAGCAAUAUGAUGAUGUUGUACUGAACGACGCCCUUCGUUCAGCUGGCUUGUUUGCACUCCAGACAGACGUUGACGAAGAUAGAAUCACUCUUGAUACACACAUCUCCAGUGGUGGCAGCAACUUGUCGGUAGGACAGAGACAGAUCCUGGCGCUUGCGAGAGCGAUCGUGCGUCAGAGCAAGCUGCUCAUUCUGGACGAAGCAACAUCCGCGAUUGAUUAUGCAACGGAUACCGUUAUUCAAGAGUCGCUGCGGAAAGAGCUAGACAAGGGUGUCACGGUUCUAACCAUUGCGCAUCGUCUACAGACGAUCAUGGAUGCCGAUCAGAUUAUGGUGCUCGAUGCAGGCCGCAUUGUUGAGUUUGGAAAACCUGAUAUACUGUUGAAGGACGAGAAGAGUCUGCUUCGUGCUCUUGUGGACGAAAGCGGCGAUAAGGAAAAGUUGUAUGCCAUGGCUGCUGGCUCUAGUGGCUCUACUGAAGAUGAUUCGACGUGA